GUGGAUGAUGUGUCAAAACAAUCGGUCGGUCGGAGGUUCUAGUUGGCUCCGAAGUUCUCGAUUUACCAGCUCAGCGUUUCGCGUCGUGAUUUUAUUCUUCAAUGAAAAAGAAUACCGUUUUGUUUCAUUCAUCUUCGAUUAAUUCAAAUUAUACGCUCGUCUCUUUUAUUCGCAAAUUUUAGGCGAAUUUUCAAUUUAAUCGAUAUUUUUAGUUGAGUGUUGUAGUUUCCAAAAAAAUGCUUCGCUGGAACUUGGACGUUUGAGGUUACGGUUCUGAUAGUGAAAUAAUAAACAUAGAUUGAACCAAGAUGAAAAUUAAAUAUCGAUUGGCGCUGCUUGGAUUAUUGGCAUUCAUUGGAACGUCUGCCGGGGAGUCAAAAAGCCACCCCAUCACAACGCAGCUAUCCGCAAAAUGGAGCAUAACGCCAGUGGAGCUGGAGAUCGCAGAGUUCAUAGAGGAAGAGAAUGUUAAUUUGUUUUGGGAUUACGUAGAUUUGAUUGUUAAAAUCCCCAGUGGGCUUUACAGCAUAGGCACUGAACGAGAUCGCUACAAGAAGUCGAUUGAGUUAGCGGAAAUUUUACUGGGAGUUGGACAAACAAAUUUAUUGAAACUGGCGUUGUCGCUGCACAGCUUCUCAGCAAAGGUGCACGCCCAUCUCCAGAUUGCCAAUGAAUUACUGAAACAAGGAGAUUGCGAGUCGGCGGCCUUCGUGAGUAUAGGUGGCAAAAUAGCUUGCGAUGAAGCUGAACUUAGAAGUGUCCUCAAUGCCAUCGAUAAAGAUCAAUCUGAAGUGGAAACAUACAGUUUAGAUCAUGUAUAUCCAGGCUCGGAGAAUAACACCUUGACCGCGAUAUUGUACGCCCAGAUAGGAACAGAGCAAUUUGAUCGAUUGCACGUCAUUCUGAAAGGAAAAGCCGAGCAAGGAGCGGUAAAGUAUGUGCUCAGACAUUUUGUUAAAACUGUGCCCAAUAGAAAAAUGCGAUUGUCGGGAUACGGUGUUGAGUUGCAUUUGAAAUCUACCGAGUACAAAAGCCAAGAUGAUUCACCCCGAGCACAAGAUCAAGAUGCUGUAUACAGUGACGAUUCCGCUGAACCGGAAGUCGAAGGAUUCGAUUUUGUUAAGCUCAAGGAACGUUUUCCGCACCUCUCACAUUCAUUGGACCGUUUUCGCAAUGCAUUGCAGGAGAAGCAUGAAGAGAUUGCACCGUUGAAAGCAUGGGAGUUCCAGGAAUUGGGUCUACAGGCAGCAGAAAGAAUUGCACAGAUCCAAGGCGAAGAAGCACUGCAGAUUCUGCAAUUUACCGCGCAAAACUUCCCGACGCAGGCCAAAUCCCUCCUAGGUCAAACUGUCUCCGAAGAUUUUAAGAAAGAAAUGCGGCAUAAUAUCGAAGUUUUGGGACGAAACCUCAACCUACAACCUCCGGAUUCCGCUCUGUUUCUGAAUGGAUUGUUUUUCGAUGCCGAUACUAUCGAUACCAUUACUCUGCUGGAUACCCUCCGCACAGAAAUGCACGUCCUAGAGGGUUUGAACCGCAUCAACCUUCGGGGCAAAGCUGCAGCUCCAUUGCUCGCGUUGGACCUUUCAUCGACUUCCAAGGAAUUUGCUAUUGAUAUUCGCGAUUCGGCAAUUACAUGGAUAAACGAUUUGGAAAACGACGCUCAAUAUCGCCGGUGGCCGGGCAGUGUCAUGGAUCUUUUGCGGCCAACUUUUCCUGGAAUGCUGCGAAACAUUCGCAAGAAUUUAUUCAAUCUGGUGCUUGUUAUCGAUCCUGUCAGCAACAGCGACAAUGGUCGUGGUAUAGUGAAGCUGGCGGAAAGUUUCGUGGUACAUUCGGCUCCGGUCCGGGUCGGUCUGGUGUUUGAUACCAGGACAAAUCCGGAUCAAGAGAAGGAUUAUCGUGCGAUUGUGUGUGCGUUCAACUACGCUCACCAGAAGAAGGGAUCAACUGAUGCACUCGGUUUUCUAACGGAUAUGUUUGCCACAACUACCAAACGAGAUAUCACAUACGACGAUGUGCGUAAGCAGCUGAAGAAAACGUUUUCGAAGCUGAAGUCAGAUGAAGUGGAUGAGAUUCUUGGUGAAGAUUCCGACUUCGAUUACGGCCGGCAACUUUCACAAGAAUUUGUUGGCAGACUGGGGCUAAAAAACACACCACAAGCGCUGAUGAAUGGCGUAUUGUUGCCCCAAAACACACUGAACACCGAUGAUUUUGAAGAAACCAUCCUAACGGAAAUUAUGCAACAAACACCGACCAUCCAGAAAGCCGUAUACAAGGGUGACUUGAACGAUGGUGAACCAGUGAUCGACUAUUUGAUGAAGCAACCGCACGUUAUGCCAAGGCUGAAUCAGCGUAUAUUAUCAGCGGAGGAUCCCACGUUCCUUGAUGUUUGCGGCAAUCCUCAUCCCGAUCUGGAGGACGUGUCGGCCUUGGCACAAUUGACAAACUCCGAUCUGACUGCUACGCUGCUCAACAACCUCAAAUAUUUGGGAGGAAAAUCAACAUAUGAAAAGUUUAUGGGACAACGACUACAUUUCCACAGUGUUUGGGUUGUAGCGGAUUUGAAACAAACCGAUGGUCGAAAGCUGUUGCAAAGUGCGUUAAGAUUUAUGAAAUCAACGAGCGGAACUAGAAUUGCAUUCAUCCCAAAUGUAGACGGUUCCAAUGCUGCCCGAUCGGAAAUGAAGAAUGACUUAAAUACUCUAGUUUGGGCUACUAUUAAUACACUGCCGCCAGAUGAGGCAACUGAAUUGGUUACCAAUCUGUUAAAAGAAGCAGAAAAGGAAGAAGACUACAAAGUCCCCGAGUCAGUACUUGGUUUCCUUCCAGCAACGCAGUUGCAUUUGAAAAUGCUUCGGGUCUACUGCCAGCGUGUCCUUAAAUUGAAAACGUCCACGCGCGCAUUGGUAGCCAAUGGUCGUGUACUCGGACCCUUCGACAAUGACGAAUCGUUUGAUACGGAAGAUUUCAGCUUACUGGAAAAAUUCAUCAAUCUGCAGUACACCGAUAAGAUUCGAAAGGCGUUGAAGGAAGCAUCCGGUGAUGGUGAAGACAUCGAGAUCUCCAGCGAUACGGUUUUCAGGCUGGUUUCGAUUCUAGUGCCGCGGCAGCAAUCUAAAUCAAGAUUUAACAUACCUACAGAAAUUCAGGAGCAUCAUACCGUAGUUAAGCUGCCUCCAAAAUCCAAUGAAUUGCCGUUCUUUGAGAUAGUUGCAGUACUAGAUCCCGCAUCAAGAGGUGCCCAGAAACUAUCAUCGUUGCUCAUUCUGUUGCGUAGUGUAGUCAACUGCAACAUGCGAUUGAUACUGUGUGCAGUGGAUAAGCAUAGCGAUAUGCCUGUUAAAACAUUCUAUCGUUUCGUUGUCGAGCCGGAACUUCAGUUCACGCCAGAUGGAAAACAUGCUCAAGGACCGUAUGCCAAAUUUGUCGGAUUGCCAUCAAAUCCACUACUGACGCAAAGUCUCAAUGUCCCUGAAAACUGGCUAGUAGAAGUGGUACGAUCCGUUUACGAUCUGGACAAUAUCAAGCUGUCCGAAAUCAACGGUCCGGUGCACAGCGAAUAUGAACUGGAAUAUCUACUGUUGGAGGGUCAUUGCUUUGACACCACGACGGGAUCACCGCCACGAGGAUUACAGAUCACACUGGGAACCGAGGAACAGCCGAUUGUUGUCGAUACGAUUGUGAUGGCCAAUUUGGGCUACUUCCAAUUGAAAGCUAAUCCGGGUGCAUGGAUUCUGAAGCUGCGCUACGGCAAGAGUGCGGAUAUCUAUGACAUUACAAGUGCUGAAGGGGCCAAUACCGUACAUUCCAGCGACUACACAAGGGUCAUCAUGAGUUCACUAAAAUCACAUGUCUUAAAGUUAAGGGUAACGAAAAAGCCGGGUAAAGCAAAUGCUGAUUUGCUUGGUGAUGAUAAGGAUUCUGGUGGUGGCAUUUGGGAUUCGAUAAGUUCCAUGGUAGGAUCCGGAGAUUCACAAGACAAGGAAGUUUUGAAUAUCUUUUCGGUUGCUUCCGGACAUCUCUACGAACGCUUGCUGAGGAUCAUGAUGUUGUCGUUACUAAAGCACACCAAAACUCCUGUCAAAUUCUGGUUUCUGAAGAAUUAUCUCUCGCCACAAUUUAUUGAUUUUUUACCAUAUAUGGCCAAGGACUACAACUUCCAAUAUGAGUUGGUACAAUAUAAAUGGCCACGGUGGUUGCAUCAGCAAACCGAAAAACAACGAAUAAUCUGGGGCUACAAGAUUCUGUUUUUAGAUGUUCUGUUCCCGCUGGAUGUGAAAAAAAUCAUUUUUGUCGAUGCCGAUCAAAUCGUUCGCGCUGACAUGAAAGAGCUGAACGACUUCGAUCUCGGCGGGGCCCCAUAUGGGUAUACGCCUUUUUGCGACUCUCGACAAGAAAUGGAAGGAUUCCGAUUUUGGAAGCAAGGCUACUGGAGAAAUCAUCUCCAAGGGCGCAAGUAUCACAUUUCAGCGUUGUACGUGGUCGAUUUAAAGCGAUUCCGAAAGAUUGCCGCUGGAGACCGCAUCCGAGGACAGUACCAAGCGUUAAGUCAGGAUCCCAACAGUUUAUCGAAUCUAGAUCAAGACUUGCCAAAUAAUAUGAUUCACCAGGUUGCCAUUAAAUCGCUGCCACAGGAGUGGCUCUGGUGCGAAACUUGGUGCAGUAGCGAUACGCUGCAGUACGCAAAGACGAUCGAUCUUUGCAACAAUCCUCUCACAAAAGAGGCCAAAUUGACCGCCGCCCAAAGGAUCGUACCUGAGUGGAAGGAUUACGAUACGGAGAUUAAACGACUACAAGCCAAGGUGGAUGAACUCGAACAUGAGGCCGGUCAAAUUUUACAUUCCCAAGAAGAUGCUUCCUCCACUCAAGAAGCACAACAUACGGAGCUAUAGAUAAUUACGGAGCAGCUAAGGAAGGAAGACUAAACCAUGUCUGAGUGUAAUGUAUGAAACGAACUGCUAAGUUUAACUAUAGACCGUUUAGUUCAGCUCCCCUGCGAGAACUGUGUUUGCUGUGAUUAUUUAGGGGUAUGAAGCUUCCCGACUAGACAUCGCUUUAGUGUACCAGCUGGAAAUAUCAUUUUAGAUUGAUUUGCGCUGUUCUUCUCUUAGAAUUCUUACGCCAAACGACAGACAUGCAAAUUAUUUCAAAGAGUCAAUAAAGUUGUACAACUAUUUCUACUACUGUAAACAUAGAAUCAAAA